GGUUGGGAAUCACUGCUUUACAGAGUAAUGUAAAUGAGUUUCUUAACUGAUACCUCUGACCCAGUGGCGUGUCCCCCACUGUUCACACGAUACUGUUACAAUAUCGCGAGAGUUCGCAUCGCUCCUCACUACGUAAUGUGCCGUGCUGCUUAUGGCGGCGCUGGUGACAGUGCUGAAAGCUGUUGGGUAUGAAGUGAAACCGAAUUGAUUUUUGUACCAUCUGAAACCUACUUCAAGUUCAGAUCAUCGAUCAGUCAGAAGAAACUCCAAGGAAAAAGAAAACAUAACGAACAUCCCCAAAACGACCCAGCGGUACAACAACUCUGAAGACCAAGACGAAGAACUGCACUGCUACAGACAAGAAAAACUAAAGCAACACGACUCAACCAAAUGAGCAAACCAAAGAUUUAAGAAACAGAACCAGGCCGCAACGAGCGUAGCAACCAACCAUCAACGUUAACAGCGAAGGCGAGACCUGAUCUGAGACAAGAAGUUUGUGCCUACUCAACAGCUUUGAAAAAGCACAAGUCCCAACGCUGCACCAAGCCCUCCUCAUCCUCCCCGCACCUUGUCCUCCUCUGGGGUGCGGUGAGGGCUGCUGUCUGCUAGUCUUUUCAGUUUUGACCUUUUCUUUCUGUCAGUUGCAGACUGAAUCCCUCCCUGAUCUUUUUCCCCCUCCAUUCCCCCGGUCUUUCUCUUGUAUUUUUGUUCGCUAUUUUUCAAAAGCAGUGUUUGUACACCUGCACUUGCCUUUUUAUUUGAACAUUUUAACUUUUAGUUUUGCUUUUUGUCCUUUAUUUUGCAACUUUUUGUAAUUAGAACGUGUGCCAGAGAGGCAAACCUUACAAGUGUGUGUGCGUGUGCACUUGUGUGAGCCAAGUCUGAAGCAUCAAUUAAGUGAUUGAUUGAUCCAAAUCAUUAAAGCCUUCCAAGACAACAGUACAAGAAAUCCUGAGGUGUUUUGUUGGGUGUGUAACCAAAAGGAGAGGGGAGAGGGAAGGGAGGAGCUGCAACACAACGGCUGACUUAAAAAUAAAAUCUUUACUCGGAACACUGCUUAAUCCGAUCAAUCCCAGGUGUAGUAGAUUUGGCCACUGUGUACGGGAGAAUUAUGGGUAGUCCCUGGAAAGGUUUUGUCGAGUUUACCUUGCCGGCGUCACCACCUGCAGCGUUCGUUAGUGCUGACCUGAACAGCACCUCACCUGUCGGGCUAAGCCUGUCACCCUACGACCGAUCUUGUCCUACCACCCCUUACCUUCACCUGAAGAUGGAGGCCUCUGAUACCCCUGUUGCUGCCCCUUCCACCUCAAGCCAACCAAUCCCCCGCUCCGCUUCAGUCUCAUGCCAUGUUUCUCGUGCAUCAGGGGGCAAAAAGCAAAAGCGGACCCCCUUAUAUCAGCGAUCCAUGAGUUUUGACCCCAGUCUGCUGCAUAAUAAUGGCCAUGGUGGCUUUGCCAAUGGAACAAGCAUGGGCAUUCGUGAGACGGGAGUAGUUGAAAAGCUGCUAGCAUCAUAUGGCUUCAUUCAGUGCUCUGAGAGACAGGCCCGCCUCUUCUUCCACUGCUCUCAGUACAACGGCAACUUGCAGGAGCUAAAGAUUGGAGAUGAUGUGGAGUUUGAGGUGUCGUCUGAUAGACGCACUGGCAAACCAGUUGCGGUGAAGCUGGUAAAAAUCAAGGCAGAAAUGUUGCCAGAAGAGCGAAUUUCUGGGCAGGUGGGGCCUGACUUGCACGCCUCUCCUUUAACUGUGCUGCAUGGUUUUAUUCAUCCAGUAGUGUCAGCUAUCCCUUCUCACUUGGAUGGGAAGUCCGCACCUGGCCAAGUGCCCACAGGCAGUGUGUGUUAUGAGAGGAAUGGGGAAGUGUUUUAUUUGACCUAUACCCCUGAGGAUAUUGAAGGCAAUGUCAAUUUAGAUACUGGAGAUAAAGUCAGUUUUUACAUGGAAACCAACAAGCAUACUGGUGCUGUUAGUGCUCACAACAUUGUAUUGGUAAAGAAGAAACAGUCAAGAUGUCAGGGAGUCGUUUGUGCUACCAAGGAGGCCUUUGGAUUCAUUGAACGAGGGGAUGUUGUGAAAGAGAUCUUCUUCCACUACAGUGAGUUUAAAGGAGAUCUGGAGGCUCUACAAGCUGGAGAUGAUGUGGAAUUCACCAUUAAAGAAAGAAAUGGCAAGGAAGUGGCCACAGAUGUGAGACUGUUGCCUCAGGGCACUGUUAUAUUUGAGGACAUCAGUAUUGAAACUUUCGAGGGCACUGUCACCAAGGUUAUUCCCAAGGUUCCCACCAAGAAUCAGAAUGACCCGCUGCCGGGGCGAAUCAGUGCCAGAAUUAAUUUCACUGACAAAGAGCUGCUAUUCGGGGAGAAGGACACCAAGUCCAAAGUGACGCUGCUGGAGGGUGACCAUGUCCAAUUCAAUAUAUCCACCGACCGUCGAGACAAACUGGAGAGAGCGACAAACAUCGACAUCCUCCCUGGCACUUUCCAUUUCACAAAGGAGAGUCGUGAAAUGGGUGUGAUAGCUGCCAUGCGUGAUGGUUUUGGAUUCAUCAAAUGUGUGGACCGUGAUGCCCGAAUGUUCUUCCAUUUCAGCGAAGUUCUGGAAGAGAGCCAACUGCACAUUUCUGAUGAAGUGGAAUUCACUGUUGUCCCUGACAUGUUGUCUGCCCAAAGGAACCAUGCCGUGAGGAUCAAAAAGCUGCCCAAGGGCACAGUGUCGUUCCACACUCAAUCUGAGCUGCGUUUUGUGGGUGUGGUGGAGAAAGAAGCUGUGCCUGCUACCACCACCAAGAGCUCCAGCCCCAGCAAGGGCAAAGAGAAGGAAGCAGAGGAAGGCUUGAUUGCGUAUGAAGAAAGUGGAGUGAAGAACACUCUUCCCUACUAUAUUAAGGACCUAGAGGGAGGUGCUUACCCACAGGUUGGAGACAAGGUGGAGUUCUCCAUCAGUGAGGUGAAACGCACCGGACAGCAAAGUGCAGUGUCCCUCAAGAUCCUAAAUCGUGCUGUAGGCACCAAGAGGCUUCAGGGAUACAUAGCAACACUGAAGGAUAACUUUGGCUUCAUAGAAACCUCCAAUCAUGACCAGGAGAUAUUUUUCCACUACAGUGAGGUGUGUGGGGAUGUGGAUAAUAUGGACCUGGGAGAUACAGUGGAGUACACACUAUCCAAGGGCAAAGGAAACAAAAUCAGUGCUGAAAAGGUCACCAAAGUUGCAGCUGUGAAUGAUCUAGGAGAAGAUGUGAGUAAUACAGUGUUCCUGGGGAAAGUGGUUCGGCCCAUACGCAGUGUGGACCCUUCUCAGACUGAUUAUCAAGGCCUUAUUGAGCUCACAGAGGAAGAAGCCAGCAAGGAUCAGAGUUAUCCUUUCGGCAUCGUUGGUAUGGCCAAUAAAGGUGACUGUCUACAGAAGGGUGAGAUGGUCAAGUUUCAGUUGUGUACAGUGGCCCAGACAGGACAAAAGAUGGCCUGCAAUAUUGUGCCUCAGCGUAGAGCCCUGGUGGAGUGCGUCAAAGAUCAGUUUGGUUUCAUCACAUACGAAGUUGGAGAGAGCAAGAAGCUGUUUUUCCAUGUGAAGGAGGUUCAGGAUGGUCUGGAGCUCCAGGCCGGUGAUGAAGUGGAGUUUUCGGUUAUCCUGAACCAACGCACAGGCAAAUGCAGUGCCUGCAAUGUUCGCAGAGUCAGUGAGGGUCCAAAGCCAGUAGCAACACCUCGACCUGACAGACUGGUCAAUCGCUUGAAGAGCAUCACUCUUGAUGACACCAACGCCCCUCGUCUCGUUAUUAUCAGACAGCCUCGUGGCCCAGACAAUUCUAAGGGCUUCAAUGUUGAGAGGAAACCCCGCCAACCUGGUGUUACUGACUGAGUACUGUUCACCCCUCUCCUCUUCAUUAUGGAAGAAACAUCUUGAAGAAAAGCAAUCAGACAGGACAGAGGAGGGGAUUUGUGUGUGUCUGUUUAGUUCACUCUCAUUUUCUCUCUCACCCAUAAACACAAUUCAGAGUAACAAACACAUCAAGACUUGAAAAUUAGCACACACAAUUCCCUUACUUUGUCACAGGAUCCCUUCCAAAAAAAAAUCCUCAUCUCAUUGUCUUCAUUGUAUGUGUUACGUUUUUGUGUGGUUGUAAUUUGAGCAAAGCCCCUCGUGUUGUCGGAGCGUGUGUUUGGUAUGCAUCACAUGUAAACUUGUAAGGUUAUGCAGAGGACAUGAGGGGGAUUAAGGGGUUUGUAGUUCUCGCAUCUUUAGAUUGAGAUGUGGGCACUGUUUGACCCGUUUUUCGUUUCGGCUGAAAUUGAAAUGCCAGGAAUUCUGCACCUGCUGCUGUGUGAGUGAGUUAUUGUUUUAGAGUAGCUUUGCCUGUCUGUAUUUUGACCUCCUUUUAUAUAUUCUUUAUUCUUCCUGUAUCACUUGAAUUCUUCCCAUGUUGAGUUUCUCACCCAGAUGAAAUCGAGAUCUUGCUGGGCUCUUUCUGCUGAGAAAUAAAAUGACUAAGGUUCUUUUCACUCAUGUUUUCCACACCAAUUCCAUAGGUUUUAAUAUGGAUCUGAAAACUUAAUAAACUUUCUCUCUGCUCAGAA